AUGGUUAUUCACCAGUCCAACUGGAUAGACGGCCAGGAAGCCCCUCCCACCGCAACCACCAUCCCAGUCAUCAACCCCGCAACAGAGCAAUCGCUCGCAACUAUCAACGCAACAUCCUCAGAAGCCGUCAACGAGAUCAUCACAGCCUCCUGGAAAACCUUCCACUCCGGCGUCUGGUCCAAGAAGGACCCCAGCGACAGAUUCACCGUCCUCUCAAAAGCCUCCACCCUCCUCCGCAGCCGCAUCAAUGAAUUCAUCGCCCUCGAAACCGCCCAAACCGGCCGUCCCAUCCGCGAGAUGCGCACCCAACUCGCUCGCGUCCCCGAAUGGCUCGACUACUUUGCCUCGUUAGCUCGCGUCCACGAAGGCCGCGUAACGCCCUUCAAGGGUGCCGUCACAAACACCCUCACCCGCAUCCCGCUCGGCGUCGUCGUCUUAAUAACGCCCUACAACCACCCCCUGCUCAUCGCAAUGAAGAAAAUCGCCGCAGCACUGGCGGCUGGAAAUGUCGUUAUUGUCAAGCCAUCCGAACUCGCACCCCUCUCCGUGCUGAAGCUCGGUGCCCUGUUCAAGGAAGCAGGCUUACCAGAUGGCGUCCUCCAGAUUGUAUCCGGGUACGGACGAGAAACAGGGAAAUACCUCUGCGAACAGCCUAACAUCUCAAAGAUCGACCUUACAGGCGGGAUCGCAACGUAUAGGGCCAUUGCCCCCGUCGCGGCAAUGAACAUGGUUCCCGUAACCGCAGAGCUAGGCGGGAAGGCACCCGUAUGCCUAUUCCCAAGCAUGGACGUCGAGACCGCAGUUAAAGCCGCUCUAUUCGCGGGCUUCAUCGCCAGCGGCCAGACCUGCGUUACUGGAAGCAGACUCCUCGUCCACCAAGAUAUCUACGAUACCUUCAAAACCCUCCUGGAGAAACGCGUCCGCGCCCUUCGAGUCGGCGCCCCAACCGACGAAAAGACGCAAAUCGGCUCCGUGAUCUCCGCGGCUGCCAUAGAGCGCUGCGAGUCCUUCGUCUCUCGCGCCACGGCCGAGGGGGGGACGAUCCUCUGCGGCGGAACAAAGCUGCAUCCUACCCCGUCAGGCAAGGGGUUCUUCUUCGCGCCCACGAUCAUCGAGACGCACUCUGCCUCUGACCUAGCGAACAACGAGGUCUUUGGCCCUGUCCUCGCGCUCAUAAAGUGCGCCGACGAGGACGAGAUCAUCCGUGUUGCGAACGGGACAGCGUAUGCGCUUGGUGCGUCGGUGUGGAGCAACGACUUUACGCAGGCUCAUCGCGUCGCGGAUAGGAUUGAGGCGGGGAUCGUCUGGAUCAACGGGCACCAUUUGAAUGAUCCGUCUUCGCCGUGGGGUGGGUUCAAGGAGAGUGGGCUUGGCAAGGAGAAUGGGGUUGAGGCGUAUGAGGGCUAUACCAAGGUGAAGAGUACGGUUAUGAAUUAUGGGGUGAAGCCGGUUUGGUUUGAUGAUGAGGUUGUGGAUGCUAGGUAUGGGUAG